GUAGCAGCCUCAGUAGUCCACCAUCAAAAUAGUAUAGUCCUCCCCCCGGACCGGCGGCUCCACCAGUCUUUAUGUAACUUGUCAAACACUCCCAAAAAUCCAAUUUCCACCGCUCUCUCAAAACUAGUAGUAAUUGAUACUAGUAAAAAAAUUACUAUACGUUGUAAAGAUUUUUAGAAAAAAGAUCCCCAAACCAAAUCGAAAUUCAUCUCAAUUCCGUAAUGCAGCGUUUUCGGCAGUGGUAGACUUCAAGAAGUCGCAGUCAAUCUAAACACUCAGAACCGGAGACGACAACGAAGCUUAAUACUAAUCCUAGUACUCCUUAUUUCUUCCCUCGUCAUUUCUAUCACGUUUUCCAUUUGCACUUUUCUUCAAACACCUGCUAGACUUUCUCUCCAAUUCCUCCAAAUUCAGAAUAUUGGUGUUGGUUGAAACCGAGAUCUGUUGUUCGAUAGAGGGCUGUUGUGACUGGCAGUUAUUUGGAGAUGUGAAUAUUCUGGCGGUUUCUGCUGAUCUGUCUAGUUUUCAUCGUAAAGUCUGGUUCGCAUUGUUUUUAAUUCGGCCGGCCUAGACAAAAUCUUCGGUUUAGAAGAUAACACGAGAUAAGAGAAAGUUGGCGAAGUCCAGCAACCUAGUACUCUCAUUAUUUAAAAACUUCUUUCCUACUGGAGAUGUCUGUCAUCUUCAAAUUAGUUUCCGUAGUUGUUGAUUCAUAAUCAGUUGAGGUGCCCUGGUAAUGACGAGAAAUGAAGAAAUGGUAUGCCGGUGUUUUCUUUACAUCCUUGGUGAUGUUGUUGGUUCUGGGGUAUUAUGUAAUGCAAAACCCCCUCAAGGAAAGUAAUUUGACAAGUCUGACCCCAAUUCUGAAUUCAACAAACCCUCUUGAAUGGAUAACUGCUGGUGCUCCUGCUGUAGUACAGAAUCCAGAAAAUACUUCUCAAGUCAUUUCUGCUGAUAUUCUAGUAUCGGAUCUCUUUGUUGGGAGGAAUAUAUCGGAUGAAGAAAAGCAGUCGCUACAUACGUGGAACCAUUUGCAACAUCUAGUCAGCCAUGCUCAGGUAUUACCUAAUGCUUUAGAGGCUACCAAGGAAGCUGUUGUUGCGUGGAAGAACCUUUUGGCAUCAGUUGAGGAUGAAAAGCUUCACAUGAAUGAGAGUUCACAGAGGAAAGGAAAAGAGAAACAAUGUCCUCAUUAUCUUAGUAAGAUGAAUGCUACGGAACAUGAUGAUAAUGGCUUCAGGUUGCAGGUUCCUUGUGGAUUAACCCAGGGUUCGUCAAUCACUUUUAUUGGCAUUCCACAUGGUCUUCUUGGUAAUUUUCGGAUUGACUUAACUGGUGAACCACUUCCCGGCGAGCCAGAUCCUCCUAUUAUCUUGCACUACAAUGUUCGGCUCCUCGGUGAUCAAAUAACUGAGGAUCCUGUAAUUGUCCAAAACACCUGGACAAUUGCACAUGACUGGGGUGAAGAGGAUCGCUGUCCAUCUCCUAAUCCUGAGAAGAACAAGAAAGUGGAUGAAUUGGACCAGUGCAACCAGAUAGUUGGGAAAGAUGACAACCAUACAACUAUGGGUGGUAAACACUUAAGUGUGUCAACAAAGACUCCUAUGGUUCAGGAUGGGUCUAAACCAAAAAAGUAUUUUCCCUUUAAGCAAGGGAAUCCAUUUGUAGCAACACUCAGAGUAGGAUCAGAGGGAAUUCAGAUGACAGUUGAUGGGAAACACAUAACAUCAUUUGGUUUUCGUGAAACUUUGGAACCCUGGCUUGUUAAUGAAGUAAGGAUUGCUGGAAACAUAAAAUUAAUUUCUGUUUUGUCAAGUGGCUUACCUACAUCAGAGGAUUUAGAACACAUAGUUGACAUCCAAGAUCUUAAAGCUCCUCCACUACCUCCACACAGACAGUUAAAUCUUUUCAUUGGCGUGUUCUCUACUACCAACAAUUUUAAACGCAGAAUGGCUGUUCGAAGAACAUGGAUGCAGUAUGGUCCUGUGAGGUUUGGAACGGUUGCAGUUCGUUUUUUUGUUGGUCUGCAUAAAAACCAGGUAGUGAAUGAGGAGCUAUGGAACGAGGCGAAAACUUAUGGUGACAUCCAACUGAUGCCAUUUGUUGACUACUAUAGCCUUAUCACAUGGAAGACUUUAGCUAUAUGCGUAUUUGGGACACAGGUUGUUUCAGCAAAAUUUGUCAUGAAGACAGACGAUGAUGCAUUUGUUCGGGUGGAUGAAAUUUUGGCCUCCUUGAAUAGGAUUAAUGUGAGCCGUGGUUUGCUUUAUGGGCUCAUUAAUUCUGAUUCACAUCCUCAUCGAAGUCCUGAUAGCAAGUGGUACAUUAGUCCUGAAGAAUGGCCAGAUGACUCCUAUCCUCCUUGGGCACAUGGUCCUGGAUAUGUUGUAUCAAAUGAUAUAGCACAGGCAAUCUACAAGAGACACAGAAAAGGCCAACUUAAGAUGUUCAAGCUAGAGGAUGUGGCUAUGGGAAUUUGGAUUUCAGAUAUGAAGAAGCAAGGUUUGGAAGUAAAAUAUGAGACAGAUGAGAGGAUCUUCAAUGUGGGAUGCAGAGAUGGCUAUGUAAUUGCCCACUAUCAAGGUCCUCGAGAAAUGCUCUGCCUUUGGCAGAAACUGCAGGAGGCAAAACGUGCUAACUGCUGUGGCGAUUAGUACAUUUACUCGAGUAACCUAGAAUGAAACGCUUGGCUGAUGGAUGAUUGAUGGAGAUCCAUUUGACAGACAGAGAAGAUUCGAUGUGGAUGCUCCCAUAUUGGAGUGGAGCUGGAGAAAAGUUGGACAAUGACAAGGAAUUGCAAGUACAAUUAGUAGUGUUUGUAGAUAGAUAGUCAACUUAUAUACGUAUAUUGGUUAGAGCUUAAUUCGUAGGAUAGAUUGCAAUGCUACGGUUAGGUUUUGUAUCAUAUGUUGAGAGGGAACGAUGAGAAGAUGCGGCUUAUGCCAUUGCGUAGAUGGACAGAAAAUAUAUGGUAUUUUACUCAAAGCCAUCAUAAUAAUUCAUUUAUUUAUACCUAA